UGUAGUUAAUGACAAAUCCGGGGGGUUAUACAUUAAUUGUGUUUUCCUUACCUUUGCGCUAAGAAUCGGGGUAACGCACACACAAAGCGUGUUUAACAUCACAGGUGUGCAAGAUGGACCACGGGACCAGCAGGUUGCGGAGAAGAAUGAUCGACAUAGACGGGGAAAUUGAGAAGGACGAGAGCGAAUUGGAGUGGUUGUUGGAAAACUUGAGAAAGAAUGACCAGCUCACCGACCACAUGGUGAACGUUGUGGAGUCGUUCGAGAGGCGCCUGCUGAAGCUGGAGGAUGCCAUCAUGCCCGUCUACCGGGAGACCGAGGCGCUGAAGCAGCUCCAGAAAGCGACCGAGAUGACCCUGUCCUCCAUCGACCACAUAAUCGCACACUACCACGUGGCCAGAGAGACCCAGCAAUUCAUUAAGGAGGGAGCCGCGGCCCGCCUGGAGGAGUUCCUGGCCGUGCUGGAGCGGCUCCAUGGAGCCGCGCGGUUCUUCUCCGUCAGCCACCCCGGCAGUGUGGAGCUCAACCAAGUGCGAGGCCUCCUGGAGCGAGGGAGCGCCGCCCUCGAGGUGGAGUUCGUCAGCGUCCUGAGUCGCCGGAGCAACCCCGUGCCCCCCGAAUUGACUGCGGAGCUCGCGGAGGCGGCGCAGGCGGGCGACGAUUGGUGGACGCGGGAGAGGGGAGACGGAGGUCAGCGGGAGGACGGAGAGGGGGCACGUCGCGUGGAGCACCUCCCGGAGGGGGCCACGCACGAGCUCGCGCGCAUCGCCUCCUGGCUAGGGACUCACAGCGGCAGCCUCGAGUUUUUGAAGAGUUACCAGCAGAUCCGUUCCCGGGUGCUUCUGCGCUCCAUGUCGGAACUCCGCGAGCACCACCAGAAGCUCGGCGUGAGGUCGGCCCGGACGCUGACGGCGCCGCUCCCCUCGGCAUGCAAACCCAGCAAGAGGAUCGGCUCUAUGAUUGUGCCCCCUAGUGUGCAACGCUUGCAGUCAUUAUCCAAGUCUGAUCGUCGGAAGAGCAUCAGUGAUGUAACUUCCAUUGAAGCUAUGGAAGACAGCCUAGAGUUGGACGCACAGCUUUACCUGCCGUGCAUCCCUGGCUUCCUGAAGCUGGCGAUGAGCGAGUUUCACCUGCUGGAACAAAUCCUACCCACUCAUCACCACGCGACAGCUUUCGAGAAGCUCCUAUGGGAUGCGAUGGACAAGCUGAUAACUGACGGGGAGAAGGUUGCUUCGUCUGCCAAGCGAGCGGCAGAGAGGAGGAACUUCUUUGUCAUCUCCCCGCUCUUCGCCGUCAUCCGCCGCCUGAGGAGCUGCCAGCGCGGUUUCAACAUCGUCCUGCAGAUCACGUCCUCGGCCAUCAAAGAGAGAGUUCCGUUGCUCAUUAGCAACAUGGAGGCUGCUGGAUUCGGUCUGCUCGAUGGAUUCACUUCGUACAUAAAGAGUGGCUCUGGGAAGGAUUACACGGUUCCCAAGGAUGGCACAGUGCACGAGCUUUCCUCCGUCGUCAUACUGUUCCUACGAGAAGUCCUGGACUUCCAAGAGAUAGCCGGAGGCAUCCUCAGUUCCCAGGGCUACCAACACUCAAGCUUGGAGAAGAAUGUCGGCGCCGCUGAAAAGGAGAACAUCUGCCUAAGCGCCUACAUUUGCUCGGUGCGCAGCCGCGUGGAGCGCGCCCUGGCGGGCAUGGCGCACGUGUACGAGGACUCCGCCCUCGGCGCCGUCUUCCUCAUCAACAACUACAACUACCUGCGCUGCUCCCUGCGCAGUUUUGGUUUGCUGCCGCUGAUCGAGUUGACUGAGGCGGGGACUGAUGGAGCGUACGAGGGUUUAAUCGAGGAGCAGAUCGUGAUUUACAAGAAGAGUUGGAGGAAACUUCUGGAUCACAUCACGGCCAGCGGCCUCCCCUCAUUGGAACCCGGGUCCAAGAUAAAGUCUAAGGAGAGGAAAAUGAUCAAAGACAAGUUUAGUGCGUUCAACAAUGGCCUGGAAGAGCUGUGCAAAGUGCAGAGAACUUGGGCCAUCCCCGAUCGUGACCUGAGAGCGAAAAUCCACGGCGAGGGCAAACCCGGAGUCGUCCGCGCCUACGGCAGCUUCCUCGAGAGAUUCGCAAGUGUCUCCUUCUCCAAGAAUCCCAGCAAGUACAUCCGAUACUCGGUGGAGCAGGUGGCCGUACUGCUGGACGGGCGGUUCGACGCCACAGCCUGACCACGUCACGAAAAGCCGCAACAAUGUCACGUGGCACGCGACGCCCGUGAUCGUUAUACCGUCAUUAGGGCUGUUAUGGAUAUGGCGAUGCUGCAAUAUAUCGAUACGGUACGAUACGAUCCAUGGUAUCGUCCGUUAUGUUGCUCGCCUAGUGUGCUGUUAAAUAUUCUACUGGCUGACAUUCACUUCGUUGUUGUUACAGUACUUUGUUGUUGUUGUUUUACUUGAUCGCUUUUGUAAUUUGUUUUUAUAUGACUCAGGUCGCUCUUGCAAAUGAGAUUCAUCCUUUGCCUCUUGAGUCAAAUAAAAUAAACUUUAAAUAUGUCAGAAUUGCUAAAAAAGUGAAUAGUUAAAGUUGUUACUAAAUAUCAAUUGUCAAUUAACUUGAUGCAGGAGCAAUCAUUAGCAUGAUGACGAUUGCUUGUGUUGCAAUCGAAACGUCGUAUUAUUAUAUUUAAUGUAUUUUCUUUCUACGUGACUUUACCGAAAUAACCAAAUAAUAAUUCCUGCAGUCACGAAAGCUUCAAAUCAAGCAUUAGCAUGGCAAUGAGAUACUUUAUGUUUUGUAGUCCAUUUCAUUAAUUUACGAUGCGUAAAUGGAAGCGUGAGCGGUAUAAUUGCGCUGAUUAUAAUACUAGUAACAGGGAUGUGUUGAGUAAACGUUAGUUGACAAACGUUUAAUUAAUUUUGAUUUAAAGCUUUGGGUCUUAAUUGAUUGUUCACGCUUACGGUGGCUUUCAGGCCGCAUCCAUUAUUUUCGUCUCGCCCCUCCUGUUUUCC